GAUCGCAGAGUUAAGCGACCUGUCCGGUUUGGAUACAGGGUACAGAGGCUCGAGGCAGAGGGCGUGGCCGCGGCCGCUGCUGACGCUCCGUGUUUAUGUCGAACCGAGCAGCUAACAGUCAAUACGGUAACCUGUCAGACCUUCAAAACGUGGACCAGAAACGUGUGCCGUAGUGUCACCCUGGCCCGGGUGCCAUGGUCCUCAGUUACACAUGAGCUCUACUAUGUGGUACAUCAUGCAAAGCAUUCAAAGUAAAUAUUCUUUGUCUGAGCGGCUCAUCCGCACCAUCGCAGCAAUUCGUUCAUUCCCACACGACAAUGUGGAGGAUCUCAUUCGUAAGGGAGCUGAUGUGAACCGGAUGCAUGGCACACUUAAGCCCCUGCACUGUGCCUGUAUGGUUGCUGAUGCUGACUGUGUGGAGCUGCUGUUGGAGAAAGGCGCAGAGGUGAAUGCUUUGGAUGGAUAUAACCGCACAGCACUGCACUAUGCAGCAGAGAAGGAUGAGAGCUGCGUGGAGCUGCUGUUGGAGUAUGGGGCCCAGCCAAACGCCCUGGACGGCAACAAGGACACUCCACUUCACUGGGCUGCCUUCAAAGAUAACCCAGAGUGUGUGAGGGCCCUUCUGGAGAGCGGGGCCUCUCCCAAUGUCAGGGACUACAACAAUGACACGCCUUUGAGCUGGGCAGCCAUGAAGGGCAACCUGGAGAGUGUCAAAGUGCUAUUAGACUACGGAGCCCAGGUCCAUGUGACCAACCUGAAGGGCCAGACCCCUAUCUCCCGACUGGUCGCCCUGUUGGCCCGGGGCCUGGGCACUGAACAGGAGGAGGAAUGCCUGGAGCUGCUCUGCCGGGCAGCAGGGCGGUUUGAGAUCCGGCGGGCUGACGGCACCCUUCCCAAGGAGCUGAGUAAGGAUCCCCAGCUGCUGGCGAGGCUGACCAACAUGGUGGCUCAUGCUCCCACGCUUCGCUCUCUGGCACGCUGUGCUGUACGUCAGAGUCUUGGAGUCCAGUUUCUCCCCACUGCUGUAAAGGAGCUUCCUUUACCAGAAACUAUCAAAGACUAUUUACUGCUGAGAGACUGAGGUGAUGAAACCUUUAGGGAGCUCUAAGACCUUACUGGCUUUUUUAUUAGACAGCUCAUCACACAGCAUUUAUUGGCAAAGUGUCUCAAUUUAAUUAUAGCAUAUUGAAAGUGGCCCUCAUUUAUCAAACCUUUAUUGUUUAUUAUCUAUUAUCUAGUAGUUUGGCAACAUCUAAAUGAGCAGUGCAGCUUGGUUAGUUUGAUCAGUUUCAGUUGUAGGAAGAAGACUGCCCCAGUCCAUAUUUAUAUUGCUUCAUAAAAAACAGCUAAAUAGUAUGCACUUUUUUGUAACUCUGGUCUGCCUGUUAAAAAAAUAUAUUUUCUCAGCCCACUCUGCAUGCAGUACAGAAAUAAACUAUAACAGCAGCGUUGUUGGGCUUCAUGUAGGCUUAUUAUUAUUAUUUUUCAUAUGCAAAAUGUAUUAUUGUAGUAAUACUUAAUGUUACAUUUUAAUGCUUAAUUAUAAUGUCAUUAUGGUUUGUCACAGAGCAUUAGGAUCUUAAAUGUUGAGUUUGGUGGUAAAGUUGGUAUAUGCUCAUGGUGAGAGUAGAUUAGAAUGUGAGAUGGGUUUAUGAAUAAGGGCUAAUGUCUAAUGAUGCAGGCUGUCAGUUCCUGAAUUAGUGUUUAUGAUAGUUGGAGUGGCCAUCUUUCUCUCAAAGACUGCAAUUGAGACUGAAAACACACUUUGACCAGUAUAAAAAAUUAUGUGCCAGAUCGGAAAAAGUUUAUUUUGUUAUGUAGGAACAAAAUGUUGCAGAAUAUUAUAAUUGGUUUCACAAAAAGGGGCCAGGCACACUAAUCUUGCCUCAAUCUGGCUCUCUAAAAAACGCUGAAAAAGUGCGAUUUACUAUUUUAUUGGGCUUUAUUUUAUUAAAGGAUGAAGUUGCCAAGGAGGAAUAAAAAAAAAAGUAUUUGUUUUGUUUUUACGAUGUUUUUUUUCAAAGGUGCUCCCAGGUUCACAAUCGUGCAGCAUAUGUUUAAAAAAUACUUUAUUUUAAUUUCAAUGUUAGAACCAUGAAAUGGCAUGAUUACUAAGUUUUUGUCUUUGAAAGAUUCACUAAAUAGGCUUGAAAAAAAUGUAUUUGUUUGUUAUGGCAUCUGUCUGAAAUCUGACCAUUUCUGUGCUUGAUCUUUGUUUGCUUGUUUUGCUGCUGUAUAAAUUAACCCUUUAGAUCAUGUCUUGUAUACACCUGCAAAAGUGCUUUUUUCUUUGUCAAUGAAAGUAAAUGCCUUUUUAUAUUCCAUUCAUUUUCUUCUCUCCAUUGUUCUUCACAAACAUGUGGACAGGUAUAAUAGGCCCAGCUAUCACAGCAGCCAUUUUGACAUGUCACUGCAGGGUAAACACCGGUGUAAUUAAUAACAUUAAUUAUGGCCCUGUUCCAUUUAGGCUGCUCACUGCAAAAGAUGUGACUAUAAUUUAAUUUUAUCAAUUCCAACUGUGUUUACCCUGCGAUGACAUGUCAAACUGGCAGCUGUGAAAAGGACCUAUACAUCUACUAAUCAGCUGUUGCAGACUAUGAAACCCUGCAGAAACAUUUGGCUGUGUCAUUUUCAUAUUAUUGGCCCGAAUCAGGUCAUGGUUUUAUUUGUAUAGGCCUUUUACAAAGCAGACAUUUUGACUCGUCAGAGCAGGAAAAGCACAGAUGUUACUGAUAACAUUAACAAUGUUCUGAAACCAAACCGUAAUGUAAUUCAUCAAUUUAACUAUUUACACCUGUGCCUCCCCUGCACCUUUAGUACUCUGUGGUUAAGGCUCAAUGCUUUUUCAAAUUAAAAGUAUACAUGAACAUGGCAAUGUUUUGAUGUCAAUCUCAUUGUCUGUCUGUGAAAUAAUGACAGGAACACAUGCUGCUUUGAAAAUAUACCCACAAUUAAAAUCAAUACAACAUUA